CCCCACCUGCCCACUUUCAAAGCUCCCAAUACCUGUGGAAGCUUGAGCAUCAAAGAUAUUUGUUCCCGCAGCAAACCAACCGAUAAAAAGAAAAUCGUCCAGAUCUAACAAAAUGAACCGUCGUAUGCUUACCAAGGAAGAUGAAGCAGCCGGUGAGGAGGUCGAGGUCCGUCGCGAAGACCAAGACAAGAUAAAUAAAUUCAGUCGCUUACAUCAACGAGAACUGGGUCUAGAAGAUGAGCUGAAAGCCAAGAAUAAAGAGAAGGAAGAACUCGACGACAUCACCAUGGAACUCGAGCUUGCCGACGAAGACGACAAAAUACCGUACAAGAUUGGUGAUGCUUUCUUCCACAUACCAUUACCACAGGCGCAAGAACUACUAGCCUCAUCGACUGCUCGGAUGGAGGAAGAUGUAUCAGGGCUCGAAGACAAGCUCGCUACGGUGAAAGACGAGAUGACACAAUUAAAGGUUGAGCUCUAUGCACGUUUUGGGCGUAGUAUCAACCUUGAGACAUGAUAUCGGCUAGUCGUCGGGCUGAAAAGUCAGCAACGAGAUUGCAUGACGCCACGAGGCUCUACGAUACUCCUGACAAACCUCACGAUGGUCGCAUACAAUCGCCAAAUAUCUAAUCUCGAAUAUUCAGCACGGAAUAGGAGGAUGAAUUGGCUAUUGUCGGCUAGGACAAUAUAUGGUUGAUUAAGACAUGAGAUACCGAACUUGCCACCAGCUGGUAAUAUCCAAUUUCAGUCGAUAGAGUGUUGUGGGGGUUGUUGGUGGGAUGGUGUCAGCAAUCGACAUGGGUACAUGAGCCAUCCUCAGCUUCACAAACACUUCACGAUAUUGCCUAGGUAAUUAAAUGCAACGACAUCCAAACACCGGCUCGAUACUUUUGCUCAUCUUGUUAUCGUGGCGCUUUCUGAUUUUGAUAUUCCUUUCGUCGGUUAAGUAACCUCAGCUUAAGGUACGAUCUACAACACAGGC